AUGGCUGAGGAAUUGCAACUGGCUUGGAUGGGAGAUUUCGACUCACUGAAACAGUUUGUCAGCGACAAACUUAAUCUAAACGGCGAAUGGGUUAGUCCAGGAGGCGAUAAGAAAUUAUUUAAUGAUGGCUACAUAUCUAUUUCGUGGCGAAAAAAUAAGAAAGCCUUACUGAUCGACGGCGAUGAUUGGGAUAAAUUUAAGAGUAAACUCUGCAGGAUGAUCUGUGCGAACGACUUCAACAAAGGGAAUAUGUGCGAAGAAACUACGACUGUGAAUGUUGAAUGCCGGUCCGCCUCUCCUAUGCGAGCGCCGUUAAGCGAGCUAUCAACCGAGGUAGAAGGCAUUAAACUCGAUGUAACGAUAGCAGAGCGGGAAAUAGAAGUAAACAAGAGUGCUAUAAGCAAAGUUGAGAGCAAUCUACACGAGAUAAAUAGUGGUUACGAAGAUCUUCGUCUACAGUUCGAUGAAUACAAGAAAAUAACCGAAGUAUUAAUUCAGAGGGACAGAUUUCAACAUUCGACAACAUUUGAAUAUUCAAAUGUGAUCGAUAAAGUUAAUCCAAGCGAAACUAAACGGUACGAAGAUGAAGUAAGCCGGCUCAAAAAGGACCUUUCUAGUGAGAGGGAGAAAUGCAAGCGCUUGGAAGCUGAUCUGUCUAUUCUAAUCAAAGGAAGAUCUUGUGAAGUUAAUGAAUUGAACAAUAUUAUUGCCUCUCUUGAAUUUAAACUUAAAGCCACUGAGGCGACUAAUCUCCUUGACAGAUCUAAAACAGACCAAAAUCUCCAAUUCAAAGCAGAAU